AUGCUAGUUGCCAAUGGAAAUGACAAAAUGCUAUUAGCCAGUGGAAAUGACAAAAUGCUAGUCACCAGUGGAAAUGACAAAAUACUGUUAACCGGUGGAAAUGACAAAAUAUUGUUAGUCGGUGGAAAUGACAAAAUGCUAGUUGUCAAUGGAAAUGACAAAAUGCUAAUAGCCAGUGGAAAUGAUAAAAUGCUAGUAGCCAUUACCAAUGGAAAUGACAAAAUGCUAGUUACCAAUGGAAAUGACAAAAUGCUAGUAGCCAGUGGAAAUGACAAAGUGCUAGUAGCCGGUGGAAAUGACAAAAUGCUAGUAGCCAGUGGAAAUGGCAAAAUGCUAGUUGCCAGUGGAAAUGACAAAAUGCUAAUAGCCGGUGGAAAUGAUAAAAUGCUAGUAACCAAUGGAAAUGACAAAAUGUUAGUAGCCAGUGGAAAUGACAAAAUGCUAGUAGCCAGUGGAAAUGACAAAAUGCUAGUUACCAAUGGAAAUGACAAAAUGUUAGUAGCCAGUGGAAAUGACAAAAUGCUAGUUGUCAAUGGAAAUGAUAAAAUGCUAAUAGCCGGUGGAAAUGACAAAAUACUAGUAGUCAAUGGAAAUGGCUAA